UGGACACCGAGCUUGCAGUUGGCGUGGCGUGUUUGCAUGAUGUUUGCAUGGUUUACAGCCUGACUAAUGCCAUAACUGCAUCUGCUAUGGAAAAUUAAGUACAAAGUAAAUGAUGCGAUGAUGCGCUGAUGCGGAGAGAAUGAGGGGCAUUCCGUGGCUAUGCAUGCUGCUGCAGUCACUAUCGGCUUCCUCGCUCCUCUUAAUUCUCAGCCUCGGAUGCUCCUCCGAAGCUAUAGCCUUGGGUGUUUUGCAGGUAAAUUGUCAACUGUAUGAUUGUACAGGAAAAAUCACCGUGCCCCUCACACCUUCUCCUCUUCUUCUCUUCUCUCCUCCUCCUCUCUCCUCUUCUCAUCGCCCCCUCCCCCUCAUCGGCAAACUCCACUCCACUUCUUCCUCUGACUGUCCGGUUCGAGCAAUUUAUUCCCGCCCGGACCGCUUUACUUUCCACCGCUUUCUUUUCAUCUUCCAUCAUCUUUCUUUUCCUUCUUAUAUCCUCCCCCUCCCCACCUGCCUUAACUUGGGUCCGUCUAAGCUACUAUCUUCGACCUGAUACCCAUCGUCAUCACAAUGGCCGACACCGUAGGAAAGACCAUCACCUGCAAGGUGAGCAGCUUCGUCUAACCGGAACCCAAAAAUAGCACACCCCAAUUGAUUUGACUUGAAAUAUCUAGGCUGCCGUCGCCUGGGGCGCCGGAGAGCCCCUCUCCAUCGAGGACAUUGAAGUCGCACCUCCCAAGGCCCACGAGGUUCGCAUCCAGAUCCACCACACCGGUGUCUGCCACACAGGUCCGUAUUUUAUCGAGUGCGGUGA